AUGAGCAAGGCGCAUGAGGACGCCCGUGACGCGUACGUGAGCAUGAUGGUCCCCACAGUGACGAUGUCCCCCCGUCGCCCUUUAGUCUACCUGGACGAAAGCUUUGUCCAUCACCACUACUCGAGCCAUGCGGACAGCCAGUACCAUACCGACGAUCCCAUGACAAAGCCGAAGCACAAUGGCCGGCGAUACUGCUGUAUUGCCGGUAUUCUGGACGAUGGAUCGGACGUAGCGCAUCUUUUGGGCCUUGACAUCUUUGUGGGUGGCAAGAAGAGCGGCAAGAUUGUCAAGGACUACCAUGCAAUGUCCAACCACGACUACUUUGUCGACUGGUUUGGCAAGCUCCUGGAUGAAGUUGAAGAGCUGGGGUGGUCGUCGGCUGUUCGUCAUGGACAAUGCAAAAUACCACAAGGGCAAGCCGAAAUCAACACCGAAGGGGUCAUGGAAGAAGACGAGAACCCCAUUUUUGUACGGGUAUUUUAA